CUACGCUCGAGUCUCGAGAGUCCGUGGCGAUCCUCCCGCCCUGCCGCGCGCGCGUCGAGCCGCGCUCUCUCUUCACAGUCAUUGAUAGUCGUCUGCGAGCCGCGGGACGCGGUGAGUCGUAGGCGUUGCGUGUGUCUCGCGGGCCGCCAGGGCCAAAAAUGGCGGAACGGACGAAGGUGACGGCCCCGGCCACCCGGCCCGUCCCCAUGAAGCUGUUCGCCACCUGGGAAGUGGAUCGCACGCCGCCGAAUUGCAUACCCAGGCUGUGUUCCUUGACGUUGACUCGAUUAGUGAUACUCCGGCCGCUCGGCUCGGACCUGGCGUCCAUCAGCAUCGCGGUCAAGAUGCAGAGCUCCAAGAGGACCUUGCGUUCCAACGAGAUGGCUAUACCGACCGGCGGCAUACUCGACACGGAGCUGGAAUUGCAAUUUGCGCUCCAAUAUCCGCAUUUCCUCAAGAGAGACGGCAACAAGCUUCUGAUAUUAUUGCAGAGACGCAAGCGAUACAAGAAUCGCACGAUGCUCGGGUACAAGACCCUCGCGGAGGGAAUCGUUAACAUGGCGCAAGUGCUGCAGAAGCAGAUGGACGUCGAGUUGGAACUCAUAUCAGACAAGGCGGAAAAGUACGGUGGCCACUCGGUCCCACUGGCACGCGUGAGCGUUGUCGCCCUGAGUUCCCAGCCGGUUGAUCACGAUAAAAGACUGACGAAUGAUCCCAACGAGAGGCUCUGUCCGGAAUUCAGCGACGAGGAGGAGGAGUUUAGCUCGGAGGGCGAGGCGGAGGGCAGCGACAGCGAGCCUACAUUGGAGGUGCACAGGCGGAAGAGCCGCGGCAAGAUUCCAACGAAUGCUAGGCAAAGAAAUUUAAAGCAAAAGUUUAUAGCUCUGCUAAAGAGGUUUAGGGUGUCCGAGGAGUUGGAGCACGAUCAAGAGGAGAUCGGGCAGAAACUUUCAGGUGGCGAUAUGGAGAUAGAAGAGUUGUUCGACGAAUUAGAAGAUUUAUCGGAUAGUGGACCGGAACUGGAUACCAUGUCUGUUAGCAGUACGCCGAAGCCAUCGCUAAGACCCUUUUUCAGCUCUAGUCGAUCCCUGCUCGCGCCACCUCAUUCCGUAGUAACCAACGAGGACAGUGGAACUAUCUCAACGACUACCACGUGUCAACAGCCCGCGAGUCAGCCGACUAAAGAGAAACAUCGUGUCGGACACACAACUCCGGAGCGUGGGGUGGACAGACAGAGCGAUGACAGUUCUCGAAGAGCCGACAGCGAUUCCCAUCCUGAAAAUUGGACAGACCACGAGGCGAACGAUCCACCGACUUAUGUGGCGGGUUCCCCGCCAAAAUCAACGGAGCAGCCUAAUAAGAGCGAAAGCUCUGAGAGAAGAAGCAGACUUUUCGCGCGUGAUAGAGGAACGCCUAGCAGUAAUAAAUCUAAGAAACACAGUUUGAGCGUCGAUCUGAAACCCUCGGCCGAUUUAAAUAACACAGAGCCAAGAAAAGCUUUGGUCGAACAGCUAAGUCGAGUGUUACCAGAUGAUAGUUUACCAGAGGCUGUAUCGCUGGUAUCGAUAGCGGAUCCCGGCGGUGCUGCACUUGCUGCAAAACUUCAAGAAAGAAACCAUAAAGUUCUGACGACCGCCUCACCGGCUGACAUCCGUGCAACAUUCACGUGUUUGGUCACGCGAAUACAAAAAUUUUGCAACAGUUCCGCAAAACCACCGGCACCUAUAAAGGUGAUUAUCGCUGGCGGGGACAGCUUCAUAAACGCAGUUCUCCGUCAUUAUGUCGACUUGUUGAGCUUUAAACCGCCAGAUUGGCAGAGUUACAUGAAAUUCUUAGUGGUACCGCUCGGUUCAAAUACAUUAACGAGAUAUCUCGGCUCUAUCGACCCCAAGUAUUCAAAGUUAUUUGGGGACGAAUGGAAGGAACUUUUAGAAAGAGAAGGUGGAGGAUCGAGCGAAUAUGCGGCAAGAGUAUCGGAAUACCUGGCCACAUCAAAUACGGUUUUACUGCUACCCAUAGCGGAAGCUAUGGUUACGUACAGGGAAACAGACGACAGCAGCCAAAUCUUUAUUCCCUUUAUAAAUGACGUUCGUGUGGGUUGCCCAGACAGCAGUUCUUCCGCGUCUGUCGAUCUGGAAGAGAGUAAUGUUAGCAUGUCUGGUUCUCCGCCCUCUUUACCUCCUCCAAGUUUACCCGUCCCAACUCCAGGAAAGUUGACACCACCUAGCAGUCCUAACGUGGGCCAACCGGCAAGGGAAGGAUGGGAACCAGUGGAGCUACAGCUGGAUUAUUGGAGUAAACAGACUCAAGGUGAAAAGGGAAAGAGUACGUUACGUCAGGCUUUUAGAGCGUUGCACGUGCAAAGACUUCCCUCAUUAGGCGAAGUUCCUGGACAUCACUUAUCUAUGAAUUUCACAACAAAAGAGAAAAAGCAAAAAAUUAUGAGAUUAGGUAAAAAGAAAGAAAAAGAAAAGGAAAAUGAACCAAAAAGUCAAUCGGUGGACGGUGUGACACGCCUCAUAUGUUCUGCAAAAACUCACAACAUUCCAUUAAGAGUGAGCAUUGACGGUACUGAAUGGUAUGGUGUAAAAUUCUUCCAACUAUCGGCGCAAUGGCAAACGCACAUCAAGACGUUUCCAAUAGCAUUAUUGGAAUAUAAUCUGCAACAAGCUUCGACUAUUACAUAAAUUUAUGUUAUUAAAAUGAAGGCUGCUAGCGACUUUCAUAUUUUGCAUCUUCGUCAAUAACAAUAAGAUUUAACUCAUUUUACACGCAAACCCGAUAACCACCAACUUCUUAAGACUGCCCAGUUAGAAUUUAGCAGAUGCUAUAAAUUCUCAUACUCGAAACGCCAGUUGCAUCCAUUCCAUUAUUUGAUAAUAGUAAUAAAGAUAUUUGAACACUGGGAAAAAAUUUCCCAUGUUAUACAAAAAUAUAUAUUGUGUUCACAAACGAUUUAUGCAACACAUGCCCAUAACAGAUUUGGAAAGUUUAUGUUCUAUAAAACAUAAUCUAUAUACGUAAAUUUGUAGAGAUUUCUCAAAAAGUAGGAAUAUAACUUUAUCCCACCAACAUGAGAUUACAUAAAUUACAUUACAUAUUCAUUCGUGACAUAUCACAAUUAGAAUGAAGAUGUUCAUAUAGAGAUUUUGCUGGUUAUGGGAAUGCUGUUACUGAAAUUAUUGGUUUGCGACAUAUUUAUGACAACACGCGCGCUGCUCUAAUACAAUAAAUACUGAAAUAUCUUUAAAUAUGGGAUUGGGAUGUAUUGCAAAUUUAAGACUUCUUUAGUGAAAAACUAGUUUCAAAAAUUAUAUCUUUUGUAACCUUAUAUUCUCUUCGUGUUAUCUAAUCUAUCUAAUAUUAAUGUUUAUUAUUUUCAUUAUCAUAUAAAUUGAGUAUCCAAGAUAAGAAUAUGAGAAUUCAAAAUAACCCAAACCUCAUUAUUUAGAGAUAUUUUAGUAUUGUAUUAAAAAAGUGACAUAUAAUAAAGCAUUAUUUUUUCAAAUAUAUUUUUAUCGUCCUUGAACGAAGGACAAUUCCAUUGCAAAAUCGAUACACUAUUUUUUAUUUAAAUUAUGUGCAUACGUAUGUACAUAUAUCAUGUGUAUGAAUCAUGUAAUCUGUUAUAACUUUUACUUGACACUACCCUGAGCUUAAAAAAUUAUUUUUAAAUGACUACAAAGCAUGUAUACCUGUAAAUUUUAUGACGCCAUUUUUUUAGAAACAAUUUAAAUGUGGUAACUAAUGUAUUCUCUCUUGCUGUUAUGAUUAAUUAUCUUCCUUAAAUUAUUAAAUUUUUUUCAAUAUUUGAUUUAGGACACAGGUUACAUGACUCAGUAUAUAUAUAUUAUUUUAUUACAAAUUCCGGAUUUCAAUGUGUAAAAUAAAAGGUCAAAAGUUCUGCUGUAGAUGUAGAAUGCUAAUAGUGAUUCCGUCUUUUUUUUCAAACUGCUCGCUGUAUCGGAUUAUGACAUCAGAAACGAAAAACUAUAUAUAUCUGAUUUAAUUUCAACACAUUGACUUGCAAUCUAUUUGCUGUAAAUCAAAUAUGGGACAUGAAACUUAAAAAUACUAUGUCCAUACAAAACAGAGAAGGAAAAACAGUUUUCUAAUGUACUGCAUAUCUCUGUUGAAAAAAGAACGCUCGAAAUCCGAAAUUUGAAAUAGAAUUUAUUGUAUAUAUGUGUUACAAACAAUAAGAAAAUACGCAGAUAUUAUGCGUUAUUACUGAAGAAGUCUGUGAUACAGGCAAACAUUUUUUUCAGCGUACAGAAUCAGAUAAUAUAUAUGUGCAAUGUACUGUACGUUUGAAAAUUUAACAGAAGUUUAAUGAAUAUACAAAAAAACAUGAAGAUAAUAACGAAUGUGUAAAUAUAAAAUAUUCUUAGAAAUGCUCAUUGGUUAUAAUAAUAUUUUAUCAUUUGGCUUUCCGAGAUACUUUUGUACAUUAUUUGAUAAGGUUUUUAAUCUCAAGUUGAUAUAUAAAAAAAUUGUUCUGCUUUUAGAAAUCGUCGUUUAAAGAUAAUUGUUUCUAUUCUUAAUUCACGUUUUUUUAUUAACUUGCGUUAGUGUAUCAGUUUUAUAUAAAUUUUGCUUUCCUAUAGACAGAGUAAGGUGACGGAAUUCAGAUCAGAUACCAAAUGCGGAUCAACAAUGUGACGAGUCGUUAAUAAGCGACAUAAAAACACGUCGAUGUCUUUUAUGACGUCGGCAAUAUAGCAUAAAGUGGUAAAUAAAUAUAUAAAGGAGCAAAAUUUAAGUGAAUUACUUUGAAAUGUCACUUAUUAGCGACUCAUCAAAUUGUUGAUCCGCAUUUGGUAUCUGAUCCGAAUUUGAUCACCUUACCCUACGCACGAUUGUGAUUUCUCUAUGAAAAACGAAGACAAAUUAACUCAGAAUAUUUAUAUAUAGUUAUACAGCUUUUUAAAUUUUAUUCUAUGGGAGCAGAAAAUUUCUUCCGUUUAUUAGAGCAAUCUGUUUAUUGUGUACAGUUUUUCCAUUUAACUCUUAUACUUGUAAUAACCAUAUCAGGAAGGUGUUAAAGCAUCUUGAAUUUAAGUAAAAUUAAUGUGAUCGUCGCAAAACAAGCGAAAAUUUUCUUUAAUCCUUUCAGAAGGAAUUACAUGAUUGAACUAACAUGUUACGAUGCGAUAAAAUGUACGCAAAUUUAUAUACUUAUAUUAUUUUAAUUAGUAUAUAAAAUUGUUAUAAAAAUUGAUUUAUACAAUGAGUUUGGUUUAGGUAUUAAUACGUUUUUAAGUAUCUGAUCCAGCAUCUUUUUAAAUCAAGAUCAACUAUAGUUUCUCAAAUGAAAUGAUGUAUUUUACUGAAACCAAAUGUUGUAUAUGUAUAUAAUGAUCUUCUGAAAGGGUUAAGAAAUAAUAUUGUUAAUGUAAACAUAAUCCUAAUCAGCUUUUCGAUUUUUCUUUUUCUUUAUUUGAUAAAAAGAGCGACAGUGUAGGUAGUAAAGUACUACUGUUUUUAGCGACGUAGUUGUCGCUUUGACUGCCUAAUGCCAAAUUAAGAAGAAAAAAUGCCUACUCGAUUUGUUUCCAAAUGUAAAAAGGGAAAAAAACUCUUUAACGGCAUCCUCUAAUAGUGCGACUAAAACGAUGGCACUGGUGAUGAUUGUAUCUUGCCAAAGUAUACAAGGUAGCAAUGAAAUAUCUCCGUUUGCGCUCCUCUUUUUGCUAGUCCACAAUUAAUUGUUAAUGCAUAUCAAGUGAUAUACGUAGUUGUACAUUUUACAUCUCUUAUCUGCCUGAUGAUAAACAAUGCCGUUCGUACAACCAAGUGAAAUACUAAUUCCUGAUAUAUUGAAAAUGAUAUAUCAAGUAACGUGUGGCCAUAACAACAUAGUCUUUGACGAACAAAGCAGCUAUCAAUAAUUGCGAAUAAUAUACGAUAUUGAUGAAACUCAUCUCAGAACAAACUAUAACUACCUUUCAUUUUUAAAAAAUAAAGAAAAACAAGUCGUAUUGCGCAUCAAUGAGCGCGUCACGUGUAUCUUCAAGAGAAUAUGUCUUGUUUCAUGCUGGAACGAAGUCAGCAAUUAAACCUGCCAUAUAUAGUUAUACGUAUUCUCAAGUUUUUGACGAAACAUUGUAAAUUUGAGUUUCUAUUACUUCAGUGCCUCGUGUAAUGUUUUUGUGUCAUGGUUUUCACUUAAUCGUGCUGUGUGUAUCUCUUAUAAACAUUUUCUCUCCAGAGGAUGCCAAAUUUCAGCUUGCUACGUGUUAAUGCAUCCAGUGCGUGUAGAAGACACACAGCGAACAUAUCUGUCUGCGAAAAGGAUAGAUAUGAAUCAAAGAAAUGAAAUUAAAUCGAAGAUAAAUGUUCGAAAUCGGUAAUGUAAGAUCAAAAACUCAAUUCUCCCGUUGUUUCUUAGUAUCGCGAAGCACGUAUAUAAGUUGAGUGUUUACAGGGAAAAGAAUGAUCGGUUUUAGCUUUCCGCUUUUCAGAAACGUUUUGUGCUUCCGAACUUUGUAAAUGCGAUACCAAAGAUACGUUAGUAAUCGAGCCUACAGCUGCAAAACUUCUGUACUCACAGAUUAGUAUUGUUUCCUUUUUUUAUAUGAAUUAUAUAGUAGUUCCUCUUUUAUUUCAUAUUACAUUAUUAGUCAUUGAUUUUCCAUGUAUUAUAUAUUAUCUCUUUUUCUAUAACACCACUCGAUUGACUUAUAUCAUUUGUAUGUAUAAAGAUAAUUUUCCUCUUUAAGUAGUGUAAGAUAUAGAGAUAACAAUAACGUGCUCACGGUCCAGUUAUACAAUUUAUUUAUUCAAGUAUAGUUUUUAAUCUCUAUCACAUAUAGUCCAUUUUUGUAAAAAGAGACAAACUCGAAAAUGAUUACACAAAGAAUCCGCAGUUCAAAAAGUGCACCUCACGAAGGACAUCAGAUAUAACGUAUUGUAUAUAUGUACGCUAACAGAUUUCGGAUUCUAGUCAAAAUAUAAGAGUGAGUGUUUCAUUGUAUAACCAAUACGCGUUAAUGAUGGGAUAAAAUAAAAAGUAAAUACCACUACCUGUGUCAAUAUCUGUCAAUAUGUUUGUACAUUAUUGCGAACGGCCGUUAGCACGUUUGUCAGGUUUGUCGCGGAAAAUUCUUAUUUUUAUUUUCUGUACAGCGAGUUUUAUCACAUAUCGACAAACCGGCUCAAAGUUUACAAUAAUUAUGAAAAGUAACUAAUAUAUUGAAGCUUUUCGUAAAAUAAAGAAAAAAUUAUUAGAUGGCGGUUAACUUUCCAAACCGUAGACGUUUUUAUUGUGCUUAACUAUGCGACGUCUUAUUGUACACAUUACAAAUUGUUGUCAAUACUCUUACAAAAGAGUGAGUUAAUAAAAGAUUUAUUAAGAAAAAGAAAUUCAGUUUAAUGUAAUAGAUAAUAAGAAUAGGUAAAAUUGGGGCAACUAAAUUUCGCGUGCAAUAUGACCAAAAUUAUUUCUACUGUUCCACUGGAACUACAGCCGAAAGUAAUUUUCAAUUAAUCAAAUCUUAAAAAAACAAUUAUAACAUGCGAGAAUCUAAUUCUUUGCACUUGUAAACCUGAAUAUUACCUGUGUGACUAUCGAAUAUUAAUAUGUGGAUACGUAAUAAAAUGAAAAAGUAUGUAAAGUGUUGAAAUAAUUUGACAUGUGUUUGAUGACGAAUACAUUGUUUACUGUUAAGAAUGCUUUACAAAUGUUUAUAUCAAUAUGCUCUAUAGUAGUGUACAGCUUAUAACAUAGAAAUGUAUGAGAAAUAUCUCGACACUUCACGUCGAAAUUGUCUAUCGCGAUAUUAGUAUAUACAUAUAUGUAUACGUACAUAUAUAUGUAUAUGUAUUGUGAGAUAUUUAUAUAUUAUAUCCUUUUUUGAACAUCUUAUUUAAGUAACGUCUAAUAAUUUGAGAGUGAGAGAGUGCCAGAGAGAAAGAGCAAAUAGUAUAGUUAUGAAAAUUAAUGUAUUAUUAGAUAAAUUGAAUAGAUAUAUGUAUAGAUAAUGUUUCAUUGUCAACGUAGAAAAAUGUUGAAGCAUUUAGAAUUACAGCUUUUCAAAGUUACAUUUGGUUUAUUAAGAUCAAAACAGUCAAAUACCAAAAACCGCUGAAAUAAAUUUAUACAAAUCAUAGCUAGCCGCUUUUUUGUCCAAAUCCCACAAAUAUUGUUGAUAAAAUAAAUAUUAUAUGCUUUAUAUUA